AUGACAGUGGUGGUGGUGGUAGCAAUGGUGGUGGUGGAUUGGAUUGGGAGGGGAAGUGGUGGAGUUGGUUGUGUUGAUGGUGGUGAUGAUGGCGGUCAUAGCAUGGAUGGUUCUGAUUUGAAUGGUUCUACUGCUUUGUCCUCUCAUUCAAUGCAAGGGUCACGGUCUGCAGGUUCAAGGGAAAAAUGUGAAUGUGGCCUUCCUCUCAUCCUUUAUACUGCUGGUACUCGAAUCAACCUAGGUAGGAGAUUUAUGAGAUGCAGAAAUUGGCAUUUACCAGGCACAUGUGAUUUCUUUUUUUGGAUUGAUGAUCCUGUUGAAGAAAGACAGCCCAGACAUGUAGAGGCUGAUUCUGCCAAUAUUGAGAGUGGCAAUUCAUCCAACUCUGUGGUCCCUGAACCUGAUUUGAAGAAGAAGAUGAACAAGUUGAAGAAGAAGCUUGAAUGUGAGACAUUUCAGAAGAAUGUUGCACGUUUGAUUGCUCUGAUUUCUUGGAUAGUCUCAGUUCUGGUGUUUAUGUAUUACAAGAGUUUUAAGGGUUGA